CUUCAUCAAUUCUCUUCUCUUUUGAAUUGUGAUAGUCAUGCUCAGAACCGCAACUCUCAUCUCUGCUGCCACCCUGAAGAAGGCUAGCCCUCUGGCUGCCGUGCGCGCCUAUUCCUCUGCUGGCUCUCCUGGAAUCAUGAACUUUGGUCUCAGCGAAGAACAAAAGUCUAUUCAGGAGCUUGCCCGCAAGUUCACCGUUGAUGAAAUUAUCCCUGUUGCCGCUGAACACGAUGUUACAGGAAAAUAUCCUCUUGACAUCAUCAAGAAGGCAUGGGAGCUCGGUUUGGUCAACACCCACGUUGAGUCUAAAUAUGGCGGCAUGGAGCUUGGUGUUAUGGACAGUGCUAUUAUUUCUGAGGAGCUUGCUUAUGGCUGCAGUGGUAUCCAGACUGCCAUCGAGGCCAACAACUUGGCAGAGGCACCCCUUGUGGUAGCUGGUAACGACUUUCAGAAGAAGAAAUAUCUCGGUCGCAUGACAGAAGCUCCUUUGAUGGCUUCAUAUGGUGUUACUGAACCCGGCGCUGGCUCCGACGUGGCUGGUUUGCGUACUACUGCUGUAAAGAAGGGUGACUCUUGGGUUCUUAACGGCCAAAAGAUGUGGAUUACCAACUCUGGCUAUGCCAACUGGUUCUUCGUUCUCGCACGUACUGAUGCUGAUGCUGCCACCGGUAAGGCCUUCACUGGUUUCAUUGUCGAUGCCGAUACUCCCGGAAUCCAGGUCGGACGCAAGGAGAUCAACAUGGGUCAGCGUGCCUCAGAUACUCGUGGUGUUACUUUUGAAGACGUCGUCGUCCCUCAGGAGAACGUUUUGGGUAGCCCUGGACAGGGUUUCAAGAUUGCCAUGGGUGCCUUUGACAUUACACGUCCCUUGGUUGCUGCUGGUGCCGUUGGUCUCGCCCGUCGUGCUAUGGAAGAAGCUACUCGUUACUCCCUUGAACGUAAGACCAUGGGCAAGCCUAUCUUCAACCACCAGGCAGUUUCAUUUAUGCUGGCAGACAUGGCUAUUGGUGUUGAAAGCGCAAGAAUGAUGGUUUACCGCUCUGCGUGCAUGCGUGACAAUGGCGAGAGAAACACAUGGCACGCCAGUAUCGCCAAGGCUCUUGCCAGUGAGGUUGCCAACAAGUGUGCCGCCGACGCUGUCCAGAUCUUUGGUGGCAACGGUUUCAACACUGAAUAUCCCGUUGAAAAGCUGAUGCGUGAUGCUAAGAUCUUCCAGAUUUACGAGGGAACUUCCCAGAUUCAGAGACUUGUUAUUUCCAGAGGUCUUGCUGAUAUGGCCAAGUCUGGUGCAAGUGCCCUAGGUGGCUUCUAAGUAAUAUUACUUAUUUACGGCAUUACUCAAUUAUCCGUUUAUUCAGCCAAAAAGAGAUAAUAGAAUUCUCUGACAUUUAUAUACAUAUUUUAUUGAUAUGCCUCCUAUUCCCUUUUUUUUAUAUAUUUUAUUUUGUAAAUGUUUUGUUUCUCUUUGUAAAUGAAACCCCUUGAUAUUUCAUCGCAAAAUAUGAUAAUUGUUGUCUGCAUCAACAUCCUCAAAUUGAAUGACUGGACCUUUGUAGCCUUUCUAAAAUACAUUACCCGCUCAGUGUCUGAUAUUUUUAUUUUUU